GGAGUUAAGUGGGCGUGUACGGAUGCAGUUUUGCAACAGUUUCGCAAUGGGCGUUUCACAGACACAUGUACGAUCAUAACACUGAACCUUCAUCCUCCUACACGCUCCUCUUCACAGAACAUGGCGAAGGUGGACCUGGCUCGGGUUGGAAAGAACCUGCUGAAGAGCUGCGACACAGGGGAGAGUGUGGAGCUCCAGUCUCUGUGGCAGGACCAGCCCGUGGUCUUGUUUUUCCUGCGCAGGUUUGGUUGUCAGGUGUGUCGCUGGAUGGCAUCAGAGAUCAGCAAACUGGAGCCGGACCUGAGAGCCAGCGGUGCUGCGCUGGUCGGAGUCGGACCUGAGGAGUUUGGGCUGAAGGAGUUCAAGGAAAAAGGAUUUUUUAAAGGAUCCAUUUACGUGGAUGAACAAAAGAAAACCUACAAGGAUUUGGGCUUUAAAAGGUACACAGGCUUAAGUGUUGUUCCUGCUGCUUUGGGGAAGAAAGUACGAGAUGCAGCUGCAAAGGCCAGUGCAGAAGGAAUCCAGGGAAACUUCUCAGGAGAUCUGCUGCAGAGCGGAGGCCUGCUCAUCGUGGCCAAAGGUGGAGAGAAGGUCCUGUUGCACUUCAUCCAGGAUUCACCUGGAGACCACGUUGCUCUGGAGGACGUCUCUAAGGCCUUGGGUAUCACAGCCAAAGUAACGGCAGGACAGAAGCCAGUGUGUAAUGAUGAUGUUUGUUCACGAUGAUGACGGCGCCUCAUGGUACCUGAUCAACACAACUCAAAUGGAGAUUUGAAGAAGUGGAAUGUCAUUGAGUUUUUAAUUGUGUGUAAUUUCACCUAUUUAAUUUAUAAUGAUUUUUUGCAAUAAAUGUUUUGUAUCAUUUUUAACUUACUUUACACUUACAGAUUGAUUGGUGUGGUUAUCUUUUAAAUUGAAGUUUUAUUAUCAUUUAUAACACUCAUGUUUCAAAAUGAAAUUAUUAUGUUCAUAUCAAACUGUAAUUAAACUUAAAAUUCUAAACAUUUUAAGUCUUUUUUUUGAGAAACAAUUGCAUGAUUGUAACCUGAC